UUAAAAAAAAAAAAAAGAUCUCAUAAGCUUCUUGGAGUUGGCCUAAAGUGGUGCGGAGCACAGGGAUUGGUGGCGACACAGCAAGGAGGCGGAACUGAGGGAGAGCGGGGCCUGGGAACUGCGGACUGUCACUAGCGAAGCACCCGCCGACCCGGAAGGAGCUAGGACGAGCUGGGGCCUUGGCAGCCAUAGCGCUUUGCACAGGCGGCUUGGAGCGUGUAGGACGGGCACGGAGCAGGGUUGCGUUCUCUGGAGUCGCAGGUAGUUGCAGUGAAAAAAGAAGGUGCCAUCUGUACAACACCACGGUCUGCUAAGGAAGACACUCCUAUCAAUUAUUACAGACCCUGUAAGAUCUGGAUAUGUCCUUCAUAUUUGACUGGAUUUACAGUGGUUUCAGCAGUGUGCUGCAGUUUCUAGGACUGUAUAAAAAAACUGGUAAACUAGUAUUCCUUGGAUUGGAUAAUGCAGGGAAAACAACGUUGCUACACAUGCUGAAAGAUGACAGGCUUGGCCAGCACGUCCCAACACUACAUCCCACUUCAGAAGAGCUUACUAUUGCUGGCAUGACGUUUACAACUUUUGAUCUGGGUGGGCACGUGCAAGCCCGAAGAGUAUGGAAAAACUACCUUCCUGCUAUCAAUGGCAUUGUAUUUCUUGUGGAUUGUGCAGACCAUGAAAGGCUGUUAGAAUCAAAAGAAGAACUUGAUUCACUAAUGACAGAUGAAACCAUUGCCAAUGUGCCUAUCCUAAUUCUUGGAAACAAGAUCGACAGACCGGAAGCCAUCAGUGAAGAGAGGUUACGAGAGAUGUUUGGUUUAUAUGGUCAGACAACAGGAAAGGGCAGUGUGUCACUGAAGGAGCUGAACGCCCGGCCCCUGGAAGUGUUCAUGUGCAGUGUGCUAAAAAGGCAGGGCUAUGGAGAAGGCUUCCGCUGGAUGGCGCAGUACAUCGAUUAGCAGUGGCUGGCCCACACACUUCCAGCCCUCAGAGAUCCAUCCCCCAACAUGCAUAACUUGAAUUCAAUAGACUUUGUUGGUUUCAGAAUAGGUGUUUUUAGAUUAUUAAUAUAUCUACCUGAGUGGGAAUUGCAAACUGAUUCAAGUUUGAAUAUCACAAUGUUAGCUUUCUAAUUCCACACAGAUAGUUUUUACAGUUUCUAACCCCACAUCAACCCAUCACCGUUUGUAAAGAUCAGCUUCCCAUCGGUACAUUUGAAGCACUUUUUAACGAUGUGAAACUACAAAUAUAAACCAUAUUUAAAAGCUCAUCAUGUGAAACUUUUAUGUACUUUUUGGAAAUAGUUUUUCAAUUUUAGAUUGUCUGCCUAUCUUGUGUACAGUUAAAAUCUGCUUAUCUGUGAUUGCAUGAUGACUUACGGUUUUCAAGACUACUUUUUCUUAUUCAAACGUCAUGCAAUAAAACAAAACUCCAGCGUUUGG